AUGCCUCCCGCCUUUGACGCUCUCGAUUCGGGUUGGGCUCCGCCUACGCCAACUCCGACACCGACCGUCUCUACUCCAGAAACUUUCACGCUCAUUUCGUUCUCAUUCCCGCCUUUGACACCUGCGACAGCCACAAUGGCUCCCACGUUCUCUCUGUCUCUUGCAUCGCAACUCUCCGCCGCCUCUUCAGUCGCAUCCACAUCGCUACCCACGCCAUCCGGCUCAGCAAAUAUAUCCGAAGCAAACUCGGCCGCUCUCUUCCAGUUGCGCACAGCAUUAUACCUCCUCAUAGUCGGGUGCAUCGCGCUCUCCGCCGUCGUCCUCCUGCAUGGAUACCUCUACUAUCAAUGGCGCCGUCAGCGCGCCGCCGAAGCGAGGACUUUCGCAGUCUCUGCUCUUAAAGGGAACGACUCCACUUCCGAGUUAUCUUCUUUCGCCAGUCCGGGGAGCCUUGCGGCGUUAACACCGCUAUCGGACGCCGGAGCCAUCGAGAACGGCUCGCUUCCGAGGAGCACGCGGGAUACCUUCGCGGCUCAAGGCAACACUCCCACAGAAGCCUCCUCUUUUCCCUCUUCAUUGUCCAUACUGGCGAAGCCCAGAACGACGCGCGACCGCGGUACGCAGACCGAGAAGAGGUACCACCGUCGCCGCAUGCCUACUACAUCCGAGGAGACGUAUACCAGCACCGCCAGCACGCCACCAGACUCACCCGUUGAUCCGAGCCAUACCUCGCGCGACACCGUCGGGCGAAUCGUUGCCGUUUACUCUACCUACCGUGGGACUUACCCAUCUCCGACAUCACCUUCCGAUAACUCCGACCUCAAUUCGGACCUCCAUCCUGACUACACAUCCACCUCUAGCAACUCGAGCGAUACCGCGCGCAAUGGGCCCACACUCACCCUUCAAUUCCCUACUCCACCUUCGACCGGCAUGUCGUCCUUUGAGCCGUUAGACGCCCGCGCCCUGUCCCGCGCCGGCCGAAAUAACCCGUUCUCGGACUUCGGAGGUGAUGGCGUCAGAGAAGGGCGCUCUCCGAGAGAAGCGGGGAGUAGGGAGGGGAAUGCGAUGCUAGAGCAAUUCCUCAGAUCCGUGGUGUUGGACGGAGAGGGUGGCCGGGAGAGUGCUAUUCGGACGAUCUCGCAUUCGUCGGCAGGCAUGGAGGAAAGACAGUGGUUCGUCUGA